AGACCCCUGCACUACGGGACCCUCCUGGGCAGCAGAGCUUGUGUCCACAUGGCAGCAGCUGCCUGGGCCUCUGGGUUUCUCAAUGCUCUGCUGCACACAGCCAGUACAUUUUCACUGCCCCUCUGCCAGGGCAAUGCCCUGGGACAGUUCUUCUGUGAAAUCCCCCAGAUCCUCAAGCUCUCCUGCUCACACUCCUACCUCAGGGAACUUGGGCUUAUUGUGUUCAGUGCCUUUUUAGCUUUUGGCUGUUUUGUCUUCAUGGUGGUGUCCUACGUGCAGAUCUUCAGGGCUGUGCUGAGGAUCCCCUCUCAGCAGGGAAGGCACAAAGCCUUUUCCACCUGCCUCCCUCACCUGGCCGUGGUCUCUGUGUUCAUCAGCACUGCCAUCUUUGCCUACCUGAAGCCCCCCUCCAUCUCCUCCCCAUCCCUGGACCUGGUGGUGGCAGUUCUGUACUCAGUGGUGCCUCCAGCAGUGAACCCCCUCAUCUACAGCAUGAGGAACCUGGAGCUCAAGGACGCCCUCAGGAAAGUGAUUUCUUCAUUAUUCAAGUGUAACAGCUUUCAAGCCUCUUUCCACAAAUGA